AAAAACAUCAUUUGCUAAAUCAUUACCUGGCCAAUAUAAUUAUUUUCAAGGACGAUGGCGAUUAGAUAGUUGGAAGAAUUCUGCUCAUUAUUUAAUUUUUGAUGAUAUUCCUUGGGAUCAAUUUGAACAAUUAGGGUUUCCAUCUAAAAAAGGUUUAUUAACACAAAAUGGUCUGACAAUGGCUACAGAUAAAUACAGACCAAGUACAAAAAUUAAUAUUCGACAACCAGCUAUCGUUCUUUUAAAUGAUGAAGAUGCUGGCUCAUUAAUUGCUCAACCUCCUCUCACAGUUGAACAACAGCAAACUUUUAAUUAUUGGCAACAUCGAGCGAUCAUCUAUCAUAUGGGACCUGAUGAAUAUUUCCAUAAGCCAGAUUAUUAUCAAGCUGAUAAUAUUAACCAAUAA